AUGAAGCUACCGUCCUUCAACCCCGGGCGGACGAAGAACCUCAUCCAUGGAGUUCAGGGCUUCCUGAUCUUCCUUGCCUGGGCUCUCACCAUCGCCAUCUUUACAAAAGGAGACGGUAUCGAUGGGCGAACAGCCUGGUACUUCGCCUUGUGUUGGUUCUCCAUCCCCGGUCUCAUUUAUCUAGUAGCUGUGCCUAUGUGGCCCCGCGCCCGACGAUUCGGAAACGUCUACGCUUUUGCGACCGUCGACUGUCUGUAUACCGUCCUGUGGUUCAGCGCUUGGAUUUGCCUUGCCAGCUAUGUGGCACAGGGCAAGAGCGAGGGCAAGGACAAGGAUGACAAGGAUAACAAAGACAAGGACAGCGAUAAUAAGAGUGGGUGCGACAACUGGAAAUACGGCAGCGCCAGUAAAUGCAAUGUUAGCACCGCCACGACUAUUGUCGGAGUGAUUAUCUUCCUUCUCUUCCUCUUAACGGCAUGGAUGUCCUUCCGCAAUGUCAUGCACUUCCGCCGCACAGGUACGCUGCCUGACGCCGUCUCCGAUCCCACCUUCGCUGCACAGAGCAAAGCCGCCUUCUCCUCGAACCCCGCUCAGGACUUUGAAGAAGAGGACGACUUUCGCUCGGGACGUGGCGGAAUGGGCUCUUCGGCCCGAGACCGCGACGAGGAUUACGCUCUGCUCCACCAGAGCGAGGUUGACGACAUGGGCAACCCGAACUCACGCUCUGCGAUGCACGGCACCUACGAUCCCACCAACGCGAGCGGAUCAGUCCUACAUGAAUACAAUCCCAGCGAAUUCGGCAGCACCGGCUACGGCGGUGCCCAUGGGCAGCAUUACGGGGGCCCGUCAGAAUACGACUCAACCCUCGGCAGUUACCACCGCUAG